AUGCACAAAUUCACCCAACUUCCUGUUUUGUGGGAACCCAGAUCCAAACAGACCCAGGCCGAGGAUGUGAAGCUGAAGAGGAUCCAGAAAGAGCUGCAGACACUGGACGACAUUGUGUCCAACGACAUUGGCAUCCUGAGAGGUGUGAUCGAGCAGGCCGGCUGGGACUAUAACACUGCAAGGUAAACACUAAAUGGAGAACAUGCAGAAUCCUUGCCACAGAGAUGGGCUUUUGUUCAAUCAAGAUGAUUUUUCACGCAGGAGAGUUGGCCUGGACCCUACUAUGGAUACUAGGAGCCCCCAAACACAAACUAAUAUGUUAGUCUAUUCAUGCUCAGUUAAUUCACCCAAUUAAUUUACUAACACGCAUUACUGUUAUUUGUAUCACCACCAAAAAAGCACAACAGUCUGCGCUGUGCUCAUCUGUGAUUUUGUUGCCUCCAUUCAACCCUGGAAACACUGCCUCCUACAGGUUAGUCAGAGUACUCCGUCAAUACAUCACAAUAUACACUGAGUGUACAAAACAUAGUUGCACCCCCUUUUGCCCUCAGAACAGCCUCUUAUUGUCGAGGCAUGGACUCUACAAAGUGUCAAACGUUCCACAGGGAUGCUGGCACAUGUUGACUCUAAUGCUUUCCACAAUUGUAUAAAGUUGGCUGGAUGUACUUUGGGUGGUGGACCAUUCUUGAUACACACGGGAAACUGUUGAGUGUGAAAAACCCAGCAGCGUUGCAGUUCUUGACACACUCAAACCGGUGCGCCUGGCACCUACUACCAUACCCGUUCAAAGGCACUUAAAUAUUUUGUCUCGCUCAUUCACCCUCUGAAUAGCACACACACAAUCCAUGUCUCAAAAUCGUUCUUUAACCUGUCUUCUCCCCUUCAUCUACACUGAUUGAAGCUUCCAGCCAGUGCUGGAUUGGCUGUAGAUACCUAGCACUAGCUAGCAUGCUGGGGGCUUGCUCCUUGAAAAAAAUAAACCCCACAUAACGAUCAACCGUCAGCAAAAAAAAGCAUUUAAUCGCUUUCAAUGGAAACCCCCGGUGAGGCCCUAAAUAUAAUAAUAAUUUGGUGGGUGAUUAUAUGUGUCCUAUUUCACACAAGUGUGUAUAAUUAUGCAUGUGUGAAUUGAAAAUGUGUUUUUUGCAUAUCCCAACUCUCCCUCAAAUCAAAGUUUAUUGGUCGCCGUAUACAUAUUUGCAGAUGUUAUCGCAGGUGUGGCAAAAUGCUUGUGUUUCUAGCAACACCCUUGGAGAGUGGGGUCCCGGCCAGUGUCUGCCAUUAACAACGGCGACUCUGGAGCAAUUAGGGUUAAGUGCCUUCCUUGUUCAAGGGCACAUAGAUAGAUUCUUCACCUUGUCGGCUCGGGGAUUCGAACAAGCAACCUUUCGGUUACUGCCCAACGCUCUAACCGCUAAGGCUCCCUGCCGCCCUAAACAGCUCUCGCGCUACACAUGCAGUCCCUUUUCUCUGAAAUUCCAUGAAUACCUACGAAAUAAACUACUAAUUAUAUUCCCCAAUCCACAUGUCUUCUCUCCUUUCCUGUUCAGGAAGCGCUAUGAGAAGGCGGAGGCUGAGUAUGUGACCGCCAAGCUGGACCUACAGAAGAAGACUGAGAUAAAGAGCAACUGACAGAGCACCUGUGUACCAUCAUCCCGCAGAACGAGCUCCGAAAGGCCCACAAGCUGGAGGAGCUGCUGCAGCAACUACACCUCCAGGCCACAGAGGAGGAACAGGAGGAGGAUAGGAAGAGGGGGGAGAAGCUGGAGAAGGAGAAAUAG